ACGGAAGCGUGUCACAACCUAGCCGUCCGCCCCCAGCGGAAGUUCGUCACGUCGCAGUAGCCCCCGCAUAGCGGAUGUGUGUCGCCGAGAAGGUGACGCUGGGAAGUGCUUGCAGCCUCCGCCGCUGCCUUCUGGUUGAAGCACUAUGGAGGGAGAGAGAAAGAACAACAAUAAACGGUGGUAUUUUACUCGAGAACAGCUGGAAAAUAGCCCAUCCCGUCGUUUUGGCCUGGACCCAGAUGAAGAACUUUCUUGUCGCCAGCAGGCGGCCAAUCUGCUCCAGGACAUGGGCCAGCGUCUUAACGUCUCACAAUUGACUAUCAACACUGCUAUAGUAUACAUGCAUCGAUUCUACAUGAUUCAGUCUUUUACACAGUUCCAUCAAAAUUCCGUGGCUCCAGCAGCUUUAUUUUUAGCAGCCAAAGUAGAAGAGCAGCCCAAAAAAUUGGAACAUGUCAUCAAGGUAGCACAUGCUUGUCUCCAUCCGCAGGAAUCACUUCCUGAUACUAGGAGUGAGGCUUACCUGCAACAAGUUCAAGAUCUGGUGAUAUUAGAAAGCAUUAUUCUGCAGACCUUAGGCUUCGAACUAACAAUUGAUCACCCACACACACAUGUGGUAAAGUGCACUCAACUUGUUCGAGCAAGCAAGGACCUGGCACAGACUUCUUACUUCAUGGCGACCAACAGCCUGCAUUUGACCACAUUUAGCCUGCAGUACACACCUCCUGUGGUAGCCUGUGUCUGCAUUCAUCUGGCUUGCAAGUGGUCCAACUGGGAGAUCCCAGUCUCAACUGAUGGGAAGCACUGGUGGGAGUAUGUUGACGCCACUGUGACCUUGGAACUUUUAGAUGAACUGACACAUGAAUUUCUACAGAUUCUGGAGAAAACUCCCAGCAGGCUCAAAGGAAUUCGGAAUUGGAGGGCAUGCCAGGCUGCCAGGAAAACAAAACCAGAUGACCGAGGGCCAGAUGGGAACACUUCAGAGCAGACCAUCCUCAACAUGAUCUCCCAGAGCUCUUCAGAUACAACUAUCGCAGGUUUAAUGAGCAUGUCGGCUUCUUCUACCACAAGCACAGUGCCUUCCCUUCCAGCAACUGAAGCAUCUACCAGCAACUUAAGCAGUGUGAAGAUGUUGCCAGGCGAGCGUUGGCUGUCCUCCCACCCUCCUUUUAAAGUAGAACCUGCUCACGGUCACCGGACUAGUGAGAAUGUAGCACUUAUGGGAGUCGAUCAUUCCUUGCAACAGGAUGGUUCAAAUGCAUUUAUUUCUCAGAGGCAGACCAGCAAGAGUGUGCCGUCCGCUAAAGUGUCACUGAAAGAAUACCGUGCAAAGCAUGCAGAAGAGUUGGCUGCCCAGAAGAGGCAGCUGGAGAACAUGGAAGCCAAUGUGAAGUCCCAGUACGCAUAUGCUGCCCAGAAUCUCCUGUCGCACCAUGACAGCCAUUCUUCGGUCAUUCUGAAAAAGCCCCUAGAGGGCUCCGAAAACCCUGAGCGGCCUUUUCUGGAAAAGACUGACAAAACCGCUCUCAAAAUGAGAAUCCCAAUGACAAGCGGAGAUAAAACUGCCUCCUCCAAACCAGAGGAGAUCAAAAUGCGCAUUAAAGUUCACGCUGCGGCUGACAAGCACAAUUCUGUAGAUGACAGUGUCGCAAAGAGCCGAGAGCACAAAGAAAAGCACAAGACUCACCCCUCUAAUCAUCAUCAUCAUCAUCAUAAUCACCACUCACACAAGCACUCUCAUCCACAGCUUCCGCCUGGUCCUGGGAACAAGCGCCCAGGUGACCCCAAACAUGGUAGCCAGACCAGCAGCUCAGCACACAAGCCCUAUAGCUUGUCUGGCUCCUCGUCCUCUUCCAGUUCUUCUCGUAAAAGGCCCCUCCCCGAAGAGAUGGCGGGCGCAGGGUAUGAUCAUGCAGCCAAGACUGCCAAGAGUACAAAAUCCUCUUCCAUCAAUUUCUCCUUCCCUCCUCUCCCUCCGGUGGCCCAGUUGCCUGGGCAUAGCUCAGACGCAAGUGGCCUUCCCUUUUCUCAGCCGAGCUGUAAAAGUCGAGUUCCUCACAUGAAAUCGGAUAAAGGCUCCUCUGGAGCCAACGGUCACAAUGCAACCCAGACCAUAGACUAUCAAGAUACUGUGAAUAUGCUUCACUCCCUUCUCAGUGCCCAGGGUGUUCAGCCCACUCAGCCCCCUGCAUUUGAGUUUGUUCAUUCUUACGGGGAGUAUCUGAAUCCACGAGCUGGUGGAAUGUCCUCCAGACCUGGCAAUGCAGACAAACCCCGGCUCCCACCUCUACCAUCAGAACCUCCUCCACCACUACCACCCCUUCCCAAGUAAAAAAGAAAAAGGAGGAAAAAAACUUCUUUAAAACCGUAUUUUUUUUAUUAUUUUUAAACUACUGAUUCUGGACUAAGAAAGUUACUUCCCUUAUGAAAUAUAUCACCCAUCCUGGACUAGGGGAUAAAUUAAUAUGGAGACAUAGGCAGGAGGGUGGUCGAGGACCUUGGUUCUCUCUCCUGCCUCAGAAAUUUAACUAUGUUAUUAUAGUUUUUACAGGUAUUAGAGAGGUGAGAAUGUGUUAAAGCUGUGAAGGAUUCAGAAUACUUUCUCUGUUCUUGGCCUCUCCACCUCCUAAUUAGGUUGAUUAGAAUUGGUAUCUUCCCUCUUCUUGCCAGGACUGAAAUAUGGAGGGUUUGUUUUAUCAAACAGUUGUGGAUCCUUUUGGUGUUUAAUAUAUCAGAAGAGAGGAAGUAUUUAAAUGUCAAAAUCUUUUAAGAGACUUUUAAAAAAUAAUUUAAAGAAAGUAAGUUAUCUGUUUAGUUUUUUAUAUAAUUGGGGAGGGGUUAGGGGCUUGGCUGUGUGUAAGAGAUACAUGGCAGUGAGUCCCGGGGUGGGGGUGGAGGGUGUGGGGUGUGUGUGUGUGUAGAGGGAUGGGAGGAUAGGAUUUGGGCCGUGAGGUUUGAAAUAGGCUCCGACCCCUUGAAGUGUUGCGACCUUUAAGUAUGUAUGUUAGUGUGGGUAUGUGUGUUUUUAAGUGUGUGUGUUUAAAAAUCAUGUUUUAUCUUUCCCUCCCUGUCCUUCACCCUUUUCACUUCCCAACAGUCUACUAGAGAGAACACAGUGUGGCCUUUAGAACAUAAAGGAGGGAAGAGGCAUGUAUUCAACAUGGUAUUUUGCCCUUUCUUUGUGUUGUAAUUGAGGGUAGCCUUCUAAAUUCUGGUUUGGCAGGUGCAGCCAGUGGUCCGACUCUGGACUCCAUUAUAGAAACUUCCUUUUCACCCCGUCUUCUUUCUGAUGUAGAACAAAGGUGGGUUGAGGAAGAAAGUUGGAGAGCUAGGCUGGCUUCCGUCCUGCAGAAUUGGAUGUGUCUUUUUUCACGUUGGACUUUGGGAAGGUGCUAAGUGAGAACAGUCUCAGGGUCCCUGAAGGGAAGGGUCAUGUGCUGUCCUUCCUGUGAAAGCCCAGAGCAUUUGUGAGAAUGGUUCUGGGAGAAGCCAUGGAGCUAGAGGAUACUGAAAACAAUGAAAUUGUGAUUGGGGAUUUUUAAGACAUUAUAUUUUAAAUUAUAUUAUGAAUGUAAGACUUGCUUUUUUAUCUGUAUAUCUGAAGGAAACAGCUGCAUCCUCAAUUUCUGCAGCCUAUAUGACUUCAGAGAUUGGAGCUUAUGGAUUUAACAGUACUGGUGCCAUGAGGGUGAGCAGGACAGCCUGCAGAAACUGUUAUGUUUAGAUUGGCCCUCUUUGGUGGCUUUAGCUUCUAGGCAGAAGUUCUUUGGGAGAUCUCCAAGCUUGCUUUAGAAAAAUGGAUCAGGAGCCCUGUUCUUAUGAGUGCUGGAUUAUCCCAAACUAUAGGAGUGAACAUUUUUGUUGAGAAAGGAAAUCUUUCUAAGCCAAGUUGUCCAGCUGAAAAAUGCCAAAUAGCUACAGAUCAUUUAAUGUGAUGUUCUUUGGUCUUUAUGGCAUUUUUUUUUGCCACGGAAAAGGUGAUGCAAUUUGAAUUUGUUUUCUUGUUUUUAAUGCAGCUUCCUUCACACUAAAUAGUCUUUAUGGAUAAAUUAAAGUUGUGUCAUUGGAAGUCACAGGGAGGGAGGAGUUGUGCCUGUGCGCUGCUGCUUGCCAGGACCAGGUUGGGGGAAAAACUGAGGCAAUUGGAACUGACGAUGCACUUGCCUAAUAUGGGAAGGAAUUUGUACAAUUCAACGUUAACUGAAGGUGAAUUAGUGUCCUGCAUCUCCGCAUAUUUGAAGUGUUUAGAGUGCCUGCCAUUGCUGUGUGAAAGGAGCUCUCUGAUCUGUAUGUACAGUAGUAAUACUUUUCUUGAAAUGUCGCUUUUAUGGAUGACAUUUUCCUCUUUCUCCUUGAUGUUUUUCUGUGUCGUACUAGGUAAUUGGUAGAUGUAUGGUGUGUUUACUAAAUUUAGGCUUCCUCUUUGUUUUGAUUUUGUUCGGUGGAGUCGGCUUUCCUUCCUGACCUUCCGCAAAAGUUAUUUAGUUUGCAUCUAUAUCUUUGUGGAUUUGAUGAUCCCUGAUUUGAUUAUGGAAGUGUCAUUUGCAGCUUUCAGGUUUUCUCAUCAAAGAUCACAUAUUUUCUAAUCACAUUUACUCCCCCACCAGAGAGAUACACACAUCCACUCGGCCUCAGCAGUUUUCUGUGGCAGUCUGUAGUUACUUCCUUAGAACUUUGUCAGGAGUGACUUUGAACAAAGUGCUUACUAGAGCCUAAAAGCUGCUUUAUGCUGCAUAGUCUGGCUUUUGCACUAGCAGAUCAUUGCUGGUCUAGGUCAGUUUAGAGACUUUUUCUAUAUUAAUGCCUCCUGAUAAUGUUGUAAGAUACUUACAGUGUCUACUUUUAAGAUCUGUGCAUCUGUCAUGAACCUCCUUCUGGGCUUUGCAUGAAGUUGCUUGGUACCUUGUCUUUGGGUUAGCAGAUGUGCCUGUCAGCUAGCGUGCAUGUUAUCCAAACUCCAUAGACUUAGGCUUCAGAAUGUUGUGUGGUUUCUAAACUCUGUGUCUUCUCUACCUUUACCACUUCAAAGGGUGAGAAACGGGACUUACACACCCAAAGUUAGUCUAGUGAACAUUUCCUCCCUCCUUUUAACCUAGACUAUCCAGGAUGAGUGGUGGUAAGCAGGCCUGGAGCCUCAAGUUCUGUAAAUCUCAUUCCUCAAACUGCUUGAAUUUCAUGUUGGCAAAAACAAUUACCUGUGAAUUGUCCUUAGGGCUUUUAAUCAGAUACCUGUGUUGCUGUUAGCUGAACUAGUGAAGCAUUAAUCUAAAGCUACAUUGGUCUGAGAUAUCAGUUAUGCUUUUUGGACUUAGAAAAUACAUGGGAAUUAGUCUAGUCUUUUCACUCAUGAAUCAGUGUGUUUCCAUAUCUGAGACCCUCAACUUCCUUUUUUUUUUUUUAUAUAUUUUAGUGUUUUGAUUUAAUGGAUCCUUUUACUUAGUCCUCUGUUGUUGGCUUCACCAGUAUUAAUAGAAAAAUUUAAAUCUCCAGUUGGAAACAGCAAUGGAUUAGGAUAUAGAAAUAAAAUCAUGGUAACAUCAGUGCUGGAUUUCCUUAAGCCUCUGCUAUGUAAUUCUCUAUUGAAAAUCCGUACCCCUUAAACCCUGUGUCUUGACAAAGGCAAUGAAAGGGGUCUUAAUUCCAGUAGGGUUGGAUUUUAUACAUAUCUGUGUUUCCCACAGAAACAUAGGACUGUGGGAAACUUGGGAACUGAUUAAAUUUUAAAGGUUUGUUUUGUUCAUUGUUUUGAUACUAAUGCUAGGAAAAGGGAUCUAGAACAUCUUGAAGUCAGAAUACAAAUAUCAUUCCCUUGGGUUUGGGAGAAUUUAAGCAGUCUCUGCAACCCUUCACAUGGUGAGAAUAUAAGCCUUCUGUAGUCCCACUAAACUUUCGGUGACUUUGCUGCCUCCCCCAAUUUCUCAUGUUGCUGCUUGUUAACACCCAGCUUGUAACUGAGUGUUUGUUCCUGGUGGUUUAAAAAGGGUUCAUGUUGUAUCAAACUGUCAAUUUCUAUCUUCUUAUCCCUCUGCGGAUGUGAACUUAAAACAAGCAUGGUACUGUAACCCUGCCUGUUGGAGUGGUCUGGAAGGAGAAUCCUUUUUUAAGUGGGAGACCUUUCCAUUUUAAUGUGUCUAAAGUUUUUAGUAUGAACUUGGCGUUGGAAGAGGGACGGGAGCAGGGCGGAAAGAAUGUUUCCUAAAAGCCAGUGUCUACUCUUCCCCUUUAUGAGUGUGUAUUCAUAGUGGAUGAAAAGAAGAGAGAGACUUGGGUUUGUUGCCAUGUUCAGCAUGAAGAGGGAUGCUUGACAGCAUGGUAGCUGGAGCCAGAGCACACAUGUCUCCAUCAGGAACACGGCUGUUGAAAGCUGAGGGCUUAACUGAUUAGUGGGUGAUCACAAUUGGAAUUGGUUACAAGGUGGAAGUGCUGGCUGGGUUAAGUACCCCAAGAAAAGAAUGCAGCAGACUAACAGUGUUAACCUACAUUCUGGUUUUGAACUGAUCUCCCCACCCUGCUCCACACACCUAAAAUUGUCUGUUUUCUUAUCUGACCAAAGAGCAAAGAAGGAAAAAAGUAAAACACUUUACCAAUCUAUGUCACUCAGGUACAAUUUUGUGGUAAUAUUGUUAUCUGUUUUUUCUUUGUAUUGCCCUUAAGAGUCCUCUCUCGGCAUAUUAUCCUGCUCUUGCCUCUGUCCCCCUUGGGGCACCUCGGUUCUGGAUGCUACCCCUGGGAUCUCUACUGCUGUUAUGUGAAUGAUAAGAUGUAAGUGACCAUUAUAGUAAGGGCUCUUUGUAAAAAAUUAAAAUUUUUUUUAAAAAUUUUAAAAAAGGAUGUUGUAUACAUUUUAUAGUCUGGCUGUCAGUUUGAUAUCUUGCUGUCAAGUAUGUUUCUCGAUCUGUAUUUAUCCAUCCCAUCAAUAAAUGUUAAUGAUAAAACACUCA